AUGUCUGAGAAGGGCGGCCGCUGGAAUAACGUGGAGUUCGUUACGAGCCUCAUGAUGUCCUUCUACAACGAGUUGAAGGGAGACGGCCUCUCCAAGGAGAAGAAGGACGCCAUCGAGUACAUCAACAUAUUCAACAACGAAGUCACAAUGGCCGACAAGUCUGGCAAAUGGAACAACCCAGUCCUCCUCGAGUCUUUGGUGAUGGCUUUCCACGGCCUUGCCAAGUCAGCAGACGGUCUCACAAAGGAGUCCAAGGACGCGGUCGUCGCCAAAGCCCACCUCUGGGGCUUCACCGACAUAACUUGGGAAGGCAUUAGAUUAUUCCAAAUCGCCACGAUGUCUCGUCACUAUCAGAAGUGGACUCCCGAGAUCGACCAGCAAAUUCUUGCUGCCAUGGUCAAGGUAAUGAUUCCGACCGCCGAGCAAUACAAUGCCAUCAUGGAGGAACUCGAGCCUUGCGGAUAUGGCUUCACCGCCAUCACCAUGAAGUGA